AUGCCUGGAAGUACCUUUCCUCCUUUCCUAGACGAUGUUCGAACACAUCCGCUCUUAAUUAUUGAUUACGAGCUCAUCAAGGCUGGAGACGUGGGAGAAGUAAAUCGACUGUGGGAGGCAGCGACAACUAUUGGAUUCUGGUAUUUGAAGAACCAUGGUGCAGACCAAGAAGUGAGUGACAUGUUUGAUAUGGGGGCUGAGGCAAUGUCUCUGCCCCUCGAAGAACGUUUGAAGUUCGAGCAAGGAGACACAGGACAAUCUUUCGGAUACAAGAAAGUUGGCGCCAACGCGAUUGAUGCAACUGGCACCUUGGACGCUGUUCAAUUCCUAAACGUCUCUAAAGAUGAUGCACUAGCUUAUCCGCAGGUCGUUCACCGCGCCUACCCAUCGACCGUAAAUGCUCGCAUGGAAAACACAAUUGCACCGUUUAUCCGCAAGAGCCUUGAGGUGACAUGUGUUGUGUUCAAUAUAUUCAAUGACAAGCUUGGACUGCCGAAAGGGACUUUGGAGAGACUGGGUGACAUGGAGGAACACAGUUGUAGCGAGACCAGAAGCAUCCACAGCCUCCCUACGGAAAGGGCUAUAAUAGGUGCCCAUACUGAUUCCGGCAGUCUUACCUUCUUGCACAAUCGCCUUGGUGGACUCCAAGUGCUCUCACCUGGUCAUGACGAGUGGUCCUACAUACGACCCAUUCCUGGACAUGCAAUUUGCAAUAUUGGAGAUGCGCUGUCUCUUUUAAGCGGAGGCAUCCUGCAAUCCAACAUUCACCGCGUUGUUCCACCUCCUGACGCACAGGCUGAAUGCGAGCGGUGGUCCUUGGCUUUCUUUACCCGUCCGGGCAACUCCAAAGUCCUCCGGGCUCUUGUUGAAUCCAGUCAUAUUAUUGCAGAGGCGGUGAAGAAGCAGCCUGACAGAAACUUUGAGACUGGUUCCACUGCUGUAGAGUGGUUCGCGAGAAGAAUCCGGAACCAUAGAAUUAAUAACAGAACGGGACCAGAGACGUGGGCUGCAAACCGAGGCACCGAGCACACUCCGACGGUGGUCUAG